AUGAGUAAUCAUUCCCGUCUCAGCGGCCUCGACACGCCGCCCGAUACGGCCGAUGACCUCGACGAACCUCCUCCCUUCCGACAGACCCAUUGCACAAGCGGGUCUCGUGAGCAAGGUAGACACGGCUUUUCAACUUUCACUCGGCCGCUGCCCCAACGACCUAUACCAAGUCGCCGGCGAUUCAUUAAUCAGCAAGAGGGAAGCCGCUCCGCUGGCAUCAGCGUCUUCAACCAUCUGAGCCCGGUAACUGCAGUAUCCCCAGAAGAAAGUAAUCCCGCCGUCACCGCUCCGACUACACCUUACUCAGCUUCCCGCCCGCCUCUCUUCCCCCACCCUUCAUAUACACGUGUGCCUCCGCACUUGGCGCAGACUCACCAGCAAUCGAACCCAGAGGAACAUUACCGCAGCUUACAGGACCAGAGGAACUUGGCUGUCUUUCACGAGCCCCAACAACACUACCACAUACCCGAGAACCGCCAAGCCCAGCAAGACUUUAGUCAACAACUGCAUCAUCAUCGUCACUUGUUUCCACAUCCUUCGCCGGCGAGCUCUUUACAAUCUAUCUCUCUCGCCUCUUCGUCUUCGGACACGUCGUCUUUGCUUUGCCAUCCACACGAUCCCAGGCUGCUCCAAGCCCAGCUCCAAGCACCCACCGAAAACGGCUUUGUUGGAUUUGCUUACGCAGACCCCGACCUGACCCCAAAUCCUGGCGAUCUAGUCCCGAUUCAGUUUCCAGGUCCAGAGUCCGCAAUUCUUGACCCAGAGCGCCCUAUGGGCUUUCCUUUGUCUGGACUUGCCGGACCCACCUAUUUAUUCCAUCACGACGACAGUGACGACUUUCUGCAACAUCGGCAUACUGGGGUCCUCCAAUACCCCGGCGGCUUUCCGGCACCAUACAUGCAUAACCCUGGGCUGUCCAUCCUCAACGCCGAGUCUUUCGACGAUUAUAUGUCGGGCUUUCGCGCACCAAGAAGCUUGCCUCCUGGAAAAUCCGUUGUGGAGACCAGCGAUGAGCCGAAGCGAUCAUCCAAGAAGCGGUCCAAAGCUCAGUCCACGGAGGGAGCGGAACUCGAUGAUGAGGAGAGAAAACGAUCACGAGGGAGACCUCGUCUGGACACUAACGAUGAAACUGCAAAGGACAGAGCCUACCGCAACCGCAAGGAAACGGCAAUCCAAUCUCUCGAAAAGAAGGUGGACGAAUUGAGACGCACUAAUGAAGAAAUGAGCAAGGAGUUUAUGAAGCUCUACGACUUCGCUGUCAGCAAAGGCAUGCACGAGAGCACGCCCGAGUUUGGACGACAACUUCAAGCCACAACAGAGAAAUUUGUUUCCUUGGCACGGAAGAUGAGUGAGGAGCCGGAGAAGGAAGGCGACGUGCUCCCUAGCCAAGAAAAUGAUGGCGAAGUAGACGAAGUUGGUGGCCCUUCCAGUGGACAAGAGAAGAGCAAUGAAAAGUCGCCUUCUGCCGAGUCGCUCUCUGCUGAUAUCGCCAAGCCGACUGACCAUGUCAUCUACGAUGUUUUGUCAAGCGAGGACCAGCAGCCGCUGCUGCAGUUGACACCACGAACACUUGCGAUGACUGCGGUGCAUACAGCGUCUUGGGCGCCCGAUAGUCAAUCUCACAUGCCACACUCGACACUAUCUCAGGCCCCCUUGGGCUAUGAGAUUGUGACGGAGCCGACACCGGACAAUGCUAGUUUUCCAUUCGGUAUGUCUUAUGAACAUAGCCUGGAACAACCAGGCGCUUUCGAUCUACUCGCCAACCAGCCCUUUUCCGAAUCCCUAUUCAAUGUGCUCUCGUCGCCAACCUCGUAUGCUUAUCAGGAGCGGACCUUUGGGCGGCGCCUCCAACGCUCGACGCUGGAGAAGGCCUACACGCUGCUGCGCAUGCCCAACCCGCCCAGCAGCCUCCUCAGCAGCGCCUUCGGCUUCAGUCUACUUUUCGAGCCCAAAGAGAAGAUCAUUGAGCGGAUAGCUAACUGUCUCAGUGUCAACCAACGCGAAACUUUGUUCAACUGGAAAGUUCCAUUCCUGCACCUAGGUGGUGGAGGAACAUGGUUCGACGAGAUGAAUGGCUUGGAUGAGAUGGCGUACCCGAGCGGUCACAAACAGAGGGACCCGGUAGGAAACCAGGGAACGGCCGAGCCGUAUCGGCAAAAAGUUGACUCUCUAUUCGGGAUGGGACCGUGGGAUCCGCAGACGGAGGAGGUGCGGGACCUUAGAGUGGAGCGGGCCGCCGCGAGACUCCGCAUGAACGUCCCGGGCCUCCAAGGCGAGUUUUACGACGCGGACGAGGUUGAAUGGGUCCUGCGGAAACGCGGAGUCGAUAUCCCGGCUGCCGCGGAUUUUGUCACGGCCGAGAUCGAUCCGGCAGACUUUUCGGACGAAACGGCGGUUGCGGGACGCGCCCUGAGCAGCGGAAUGGAAAACAACAGCGACAACAUGAAUACAGCCGCCGACAUCCUCGGCUCGUUGAACUCUUAUGGAACGAGCCCUGGUGACGCUGCUGCUCGGCAAUGGCUUGGACAGACGUUGAAGCCUACGAGGCCGUCCGAUGUUCAUUUGGGCGAUACUAGGUCUGUUGCGCAGUCUAGCGAGGAAACGUCGAGUCAGAUGGCCCUGGAUCCGAACCUUGUCGGUGAUAUGUUUGGGCUUGAAACCACACCUGCCAACCAGACCUCGAAUAUUCCCGGUUCAAAGAAGAGAGCGGUGACGAUCAAUGUUGGGGUGCUGGUUCAAGGUACGUUUCUUUCAUUUCUUAAAGCAGCGCUUUUGCGUCUGGACGAUUGA